CUUUGCAGCGAAAUUUUUUACAAUAAAUUGGGCACGAAGAUGUAUUUUACUUACUCGACAAAGUGGAUAAGUGUGAAGAAUUUUUACAACAUCAUCCUUUCUAACUUCGGUCAUUAUUGCUAUAUUUAUUUAUAUAAACGAAUCACACCCUUAAUGAUGCUUACACGAGUACUCCACACAAUAGAAUGGUUGCGAUGUCUCAGGCGCAAGUCAGUGAUGUGAUGAGUCAUAUGGCAUGGGAAACAGACUUUUGUGUUGAUUAAAAUAUUUAGAACAUAAGAAUCAAUUAUAAGAAGUCAAAUUUGGACAAAAAUGGCAUCACGAUUUAGUGGAGCAUUGCAGAUUACAAAUCUGGAUGAUUUUAUCACUCCAUCACAGGAAUGCAUUAAACCUAUAGAAAUGCAAUCAAAUAAAAGCAAAACAGGUGCAAAGAUAAAAAUACAGUCUGAUAGUUUGACAUUUAAUGAAAUUAGACAGCCUGAAAAACUGCAAAAAGUUGAAAUCACACUCGCAGAUUGUUUGGCAUGCAGUGGUUGCAUUACAUCUGCUGAAAGUGUGUUAGUUACUCAACAAAGUCAAGAAGAACUGCUCAGAGUAUUUCAAGAAAAGAUAAGUCAUCAAAAUAUGGGAAAUACAGAUCUCAAAUAUAUAGUAGUAAGCCUAUCAGUGCAACCUGUAUUAUCACUGGCGCAGCGUUAUGAACUUACACCUGAGCAAGCUCUCCAUAAAUUGGCAGGUUUCUUUUAUAGCUUGGGAGCUGACGCAGUAUUAGAUAUGACUGUAGCUGAUGAUUUUGCUUUAUUAGAAGCUGCAAAAGAAUUCGUCGAGCGUUAUAGAGCUAAUAAGGAGAACAUAAAAAAUCAAUUACCAAUGCUAUCAUCUUCUUGUCCAGGUUGGGUAUGUUACGCAGAAAAAACUCAUGGAAAUUUUAUAUUGCCAUAUAUAAGUGUCACAAAAUCACCUCAACAAAUUAUAGGAUCGUUAGUAAAAUAUCAUUUCGCCGAAAACAUGGGUCUUUUACCAGAACGAAUAUAUCAUGUAACUGUAAUGCCUUGUUAUGAUAAAAAAUUGGAAGCUUCUAGAGAAGACUUUUAUAAUGAGCAAAAAAAGACGAGAGAUGUAGAUUGCGUUAUAACAUCAAUUGAAUUGGAACAAAUGCUCAAUAAAGAUGGUUUAAUAUUAAACGAAAUAGACGAAGGUGAAAUUAAACAACCAUUUGGUUCCUAUAACAAAGAAAUCGAAAACAAAUUGUGGGGUCAUAGCGGAUCGGGAUCAGGCGGUUACGCGGAUUUUAUUUUCCGUUAUGCAGCGAAGAAUCUUUUUGACGAGGAGGAUGUUGUAGUAGAUUUUAAAAAUCUUAGAAAUCCCGACUUCCAGGAAGCGGAACUGAAGAGAAAUGACCAGGUGUUACUAAGAUUUGCUAUUAUCAAUGGAUUCAGGAAUAUACAAAACAUAGUGCAGAAGCUGAAAAGAGGCAAAUGCGUUUAUGACUAUGUGGAAAUUAUGGCAUGUCCGUGUGGUUGCUUAAAUGGUGGAGCACAAAUAAGACCUGAAGGAAAUAUUCAACCCCGAGAACUGGCGUCGAUAUUAGAAAGUACUUAUCAUAAACUUCCACUGAGUAAACCCGAGGAAAACACAGUGGUGCAAAAUUUGUACAAAACUUGGCUAGGAGGGGAACAUACAGAUAAAGUUAGCGCAUAUUUCAGUACACAAUACCAUGAAAUACAAAAGAUGAAUACAGCACUUGCAAUAAAAUGGUAACAUAGCAAUAACAAUGUCAUGUAAUUAUGCUUUGUACAAUAUGUAUAUAUGUGUAUUUCCUAUAAUGGAUUUACAUUGACUAAGAUUGAAUUAUGUUUUGUGAGUGUUUAACAAAAAUAAAUUAAUACUAAUCAA